CCCUCACCCGGUCCGGCGUCGCCAUUACGGACUUGCAGAAAAGCUCACUGCAGCGUAAGACGGAGAACCAGGGAGGAAGAAAUGGCCGAUCAGGGAAAGAAGAAGCAACACCUAAGCCUCAAUCAGCGUCACACCCGCGUCCUCCUAGACCUAUCCGCAUCCCAUUCCAAAGCCCCUCCAUCUUCUUCCUUCCAUCAGGGAAGGAUGAAGGUAGGAGAAAAGGGGGAUUUCAGCGAUGAGAAGAAAUUUGAAGAAGUUCCCAGUUUUGGAAUUGAUUUCGGCUCUCCAUCUGCUUCUUCUACUGCUGAGGAAAAUGCAAUUACAGCGGACCAAAGUCUUCCAGGAAAGAAUGAAGAUGUUCCUAACUUUGGAAUUGAUUUUGAUUCUUUUAAUGUUUCUGUUCUCGAGGAAAAUGUAAGCACAUCAGCUACAAAGCUCCAAGAUAAAAAAGAUGAUGUUCCGACCUUUGGAAUUGAUUCUGAUUCUCCUACUGUUUCUCCUCCUCUUGGGGAAAAUGUAACCAUUGCAAAGCAAUCUGUCCAUGAAGAAAGUGAUGAUGUUCCUAACUUCAGAAUCGAUCUUGAUUCUCCCAAUGGUUCUCCUCUUCUCGAGGAGAAUGCAAUAACAGCAGUUACAAAGCUCACAGAUAAAAAAGCCGAUGAUCUGAACUUUAAUUUUGAUCUUGAUUCUCCUACUGCUUCUUCUCUCGGAGAAAAUGCAGCCUCUACAAAGCAACCCAUUCAAGAAGAAAGUGACGAUGUUCCUAACUUCGGAAUCAAUUUUGAUUCUCCCACUGCUUCUCCUUGUGUUGAAAAUGAAAGGCAUGAAAUCAGGGAUAUCCUGAAGGAUUUAAGUUCAAGACUUGAGGUUCUUUCAAUGGAUAAGACAAGGGUUCAAAAGAAGGUUAUUGUGACUGAAAAAAAGGAUUUGUUUGUUGUCUCAUCUGAUGAAGAAGUGAAGAAGAAUGAAGCUAAAAGUGUGGCAGGAAAAUCAAAAUACACGGGAAAAAGUUGCUCUUCCUACAAUGUGCAAGAUGACACUGAUGACGACUGUAAGCUCGUGAAUGAAAAAAAAACUUUUAAAAAAUUUGGAAGACCAAAUAAGUAUUCUACACACAAGAGUUAUCAUGGUGAUAUCGUUGAUGAUCAGUCCAAGGAUGGUUUUGUCUCAGAAGAACAUCUAUUUACUUUGGAUGGACCAAAGUUUAAACUACCAGGAGAAGUUGCUAAAAUGUUAUACCCCCAUCAGCGUGAUGGUUUGAAGUGGCUUUGGUCCAUCCACUCCCAAGGGAAGGGUGGUAUUUUGGGUGACGACAUGGGUCUAGGCAAGACAAUGCAGAUAUGUGGCUUUUUAGCUGGGCUAUUUCAUUCAAACAUGAUUAGGAGGGCAAUGAUUGUUGCUCCAAAAACAUUAAUGUCCCAUUGGAUCAAGGAAUUAACAGUUGUGGGGCUUUCUGGGAAGAUUAGAGAAUAUUAUGGGACUAGCAUGAAGGCUCGAGACUAUGAACUCCAACAUAUACUUGAGGAUAAAGGUGUUCUUCUCACCACUUAUGACAUUGUCAGAAACAAUGUUAAAUCUCUGUGUGGAGGUUAUUUUCAUUGUGUUGAUAGUGAUGAUGAGGUUAUAUGGGAUUACAUGAUUCUUGAUGAGGGGCAUUUGAUAAAAAAUCCAAGCACACAGAGAGCAAAAAGUUUACAUGAGAUACCUUGUGUUCACCGUAUCAUUAUUAGUGGGACACCACUUCAAAACAAUCUAAAGGAACUAUGGGCCCUAUUCAACUUCUGUUGUCCUGGCCUGCUUGGUGAUAAGAUAUGGUUUAAAGAAAAAUAUGAGCAUUUUAUUCUUCGUGGAAAUGAAAAGAAUGCAUCAGAUAGGGAAAAGCGUAUCAGUUCAGCAGUGGCCCAGGAGUUGCGAGACCGCAUACAACCAUACUUUUUGCGACGUCUUAAAAGUGAGGUAUUUACAGAUGAUGCCUCAAGUGGCAUAAAGCUUUCUAAGAAAAAUGAGAUGUGUGUGUGGCUAAAAUUAACUAGUUGCCAGCGUCAACUAUAUGUUGCAUUUCUAAAGAGUGAGAUAGUACUUUCAGCUUGUGAUAGCUCACCAUUAGCAGCAUUAACGAUUUUGAAAAAAAUCUGUGACCAUCCUCUUUUGCUAACCAAAAGAGCUGCCGAAGAAGUUUUGGAAGGGAUGGAAUCCAUCUCAGAGCCAGGCCAAGACGAUCGUGCUAUGGCUGAAAGAUUAGCAAUGCAAAUGGCAGAUGCAGCUGAGAAGUUAGAUUUUGAGGAUAACCGGAAUAUAUCUUGCAAGAUUACUUUCAUAAUGCAGUUGCUGGAUUUUUUGAUUCCAAAAGGACACCAUGUCCUUAUUUUUUCACAAACACGUAAGAUGCUUGAUCAGAUUCAGGCCUCUUUAAUCUCCAGUGGGCUUAAAUUCUUGCGGAUUGAUGGGACUACUAAAGCUGCCGACAGACUGAAAAUUGUUAAUAAUUUUCAAGAGGGUCCUGGUGCUCCGAUCUUCCUUUUAACUUCUCAAGUCGGUGGAUUGGGUCUUACACUCACUAAAGCAGAUCGUGUAAUUGUGGUUGAUCCCGCAUGGAAUCCAAGUACUGAUAAUCAAAGUGUUGACCGUGCUUAUCGUAUUGGGCAAAGGAAGGAUGUGGUUGUCUAUAGAUUGAUGACAUGUGGUACAGUUGAGGAAAAGAUCUACAGAAAGCAGGUAUUCAAGGGGGGUUUGUUCAAAACUGCAACAGAGCACAAAGAACAAACACGUUAUUUUAGUAGAGAGGAUUUACAGGAACUGUUUAGCAUACCUAAACAGGGGUUUGAUGUCUCCUUGACUCAACAGCAGCUGCACGAGGAGCAUGAUGGCCACCACGAAAUGGAAGGAUCCCUAAAAGAAGAAAUGGAGUUUCUAGGCACUAUGGAUAUUGGGGGAGUUAGUCAACACAGUCUGCUAUUUUCUAAAACAGCCCCUGUACCAGUUGCUGAGGACGAUGAGGAUGUUUGCAGUGUAAGAAGGGCUGCAGUUGUGGGAAAUGUCCCCUCGCGCUCAUCGGUCGAACCUGCUGCCAAUGAAUGGGCACAGCAUGCAUUCAACCCUAAAGAUGUGAAUUCGCAGAUGCCUAAGAAACCGUCUAGUACCGUAGCACGUCAAAGCAAGGCCGAAAUCAGAGAUCGAAUCAAAAGACUUUCUCAUAUCCUUGCAGAAAAGGGUAUGCUUCUGCCUGAUAAAGGAGAGAAACUGAGAAAGCAAAUAGGUGAGCUGCAUUCAGAACUUUAUCUGAUUCAAAAUGGUGGAAAAGGGAAUGAAGUCAUUGACUUGGACGAUAUCUCGGGGAAGUUCCAAAGGGUGGUCAACCUCUAAAUGCAGGAUUCCAUAGGAAUGUUUAUAUGAUUUUUCACUUGUUUGUUUUUUGUUUACAGAUCUUGGUAAAAGACCUUUCUAUGUGGUUAACAGUUAGUUUUCCAAAUAGAGUAAUUCUUCAAAAGCUUUGCAUUUCCUCUCAUCUUCAGAAAACAAUGGGCAUUUUACAUACAAAAGAAUAAUGUUAUAUUGUCUGG